CAAGCUGAAUUUUGAUGAGAAGCGCACAAAGCCCCUUGCAUGAGAACCUUGCAGGCCGCAGGAGACCUUUGCGCGCGAGAACCUCUUUCCAGGCCUGACACGCCAGGGGCCAGGGGUAGACUUUCCUUUGAUCUGUGUUUGAAUGACAUCAAGGUAGCCUGAAUGGCGAGAGCGCCACGUAUAGGAGAGGAGAUCGUUCCGUCUUCAUGCUGGCUCAAGCUCAAUCAUUUAUCACUUUCCUUGUCUUUCGAACAAGCGCUUCUUUGUCUCUUCCAUCAUCUAGCAGAUCAUACUUGAUACGCAACGCAAAGCGACAAUGGCAGAGCAGAUCCCUGAACAAUCAUUUGCCGCUCCUUCUACCCGCUUCUCCAACCUCACAGAGGACUUUGCGCCUCUGACUCUUCAAGAACUGGAUGCCUCUUUGCAGGAACAGGAAGCUCAGAUCACUGCGGAAGGAGCCGAGCUUUCGGCUAUCCGUCCCUCUCGUCAAAAUCCCUCCUAUCUCCGGGCGAUUAGGACUCGAGAGGUCGACCCAUCCACUGUCAUUGGGAGCUCCAAGGUACUUCAAUCUGAGGUACUUUACACUGCUCUUGUAUCCCGUGGGGCUCUUGUGCGGGAAGGGGUUGUCAAAACAUGGAGCAGAACAAUCAAGCUCAUAACGCAGAGAGCAUACAAGAGCAUAGUCAGGCAGAAAACAGCAAAGGACAAGAGGAUGUUGGCGAUUGAGAGUCUGGAAAUCAUCGAGAAGAAUUUGAAGUGGUUUGUGGGCUUCCUCAAGGGAUACAUGGGAAACUUCGAUGCCCUCGAUGACAACGAAUCCGUCAAUGCUGUACGUCCUCACUAUGAGGAACUUGACAAGAUCGCAAGGUGGAUCGACGAAUUCUUGGAAGAAUCUGCGAAGUUGAAAGAGAAAGCACUGAAGGCAGAGUGACCAAACAUGGGUGACGUAUCUACGUCGGUGUGUCGAUGUCAAGACAGGAUGAGAAGCAUUUCACGGAACUUGCAGAAAUUGUCCUCAUGGUCUCCUGCCGACAAGGUACACUCCAAGUACAGCAAAAGGUGUUACAAUUC